GUAACCAUGGAGAGGCUGUUGCUGUGUGUGAUGCUGGCAGUUGCCAUGGCAGUGCGGGCACAGAUCUGUCCGAAGCGCUGCGUAUGCCAGAUCCUGUCACCCAACCUGGCAACCCUCUGUGCCAAGAAGGGUCUGCUGUUCGUGCCGCCAAACAUCGACAGACAUACCGUGGAGCUACGGCUGGCCGACAACUUCGUCACAAGUGUGAAAAGGAAAGAUUUUGCGAACAUGACACGGCUGGUGGACCUAACGCUGUCGAGAAACACCAUCUCCUACAUCACACCUCAUGCCUUCGCUGAUCUUGAGAACCUCAGAGCCCUACAUCUCAACAGUAACCGGUUGACAAGAAUAGCCAAUGACACUUUCAGUGGGAUGUCAAAGCUUCACCACCUCAUUCUGAACAACAACCAGCUGGUUCUGAUCCACCAGGGAGCAUUCAAUGACCUGCUGGCCCUGGAAGAACUGGAUCUCAGUUACAACAACCUGGACUCCAUCCCAUGGGAGGCCAUUCAGAAAAUGACAAGUCUCCAUACCCUGAGUUUGGACCACAACAUGUUGGACUUUAUCCCAGAGGGAACCUUUUCACUGCUUCAGAAACUUAACCGUUUAGAUGUCACCUCAAACAAACUCCAGAAACUACCGCCGGACCCACUUUUCCAACGAGCGCAGGUCCUUGCUACAUCAGGGGUAAUGACACCCUCAUCUUUUGCACUGUCAUUUGGAGGUAACCCGCUCCACUGCAAUUGUGAGUUAUUAUGGCUACGGAGGCUAAGCCGGGAAGACGACCUGGAGACAUGCGCCUCGCCGCCGCAUCUCUCUGGACGUUAUUUCUGGUCCAUUCCUGAGGAGGAGUUUCUCUGUGAGCCGCCGCUCAUUACCAGACACUCCCAUGAGAUGAGGGUCCUUGAAGGGCAGAGAGUUGCCCUAAGGUGCAAGGCGCGGGGUGAUCCAGAACCAGUGAUCCACUGGAUCUCUCCAGAGGGCAAACUGGUAUCCAACACCUCCAGGACUUUGGUCUUCACAAACGGAACACUGGACAUCCUCAUAAGCACCGUCAAGGACACCGGCUCCUUCAGCUGCAUCUCCUCCAACCCUGCGGGCGAGGCUCACCAAACCGUGGAUCUGGUGAUCAUAAAGCUCCCCCAUAUCACCAACAACACCAACAACAUCCAGGAACCGGACCCGGGUUCAUCGGACAUAUCCACGUCCACCCGGGGCGGCGCCAACGGGAGCAACGUGACGGGGGAUGUGAAAAGCGGGGUGGAUAAGCGGGUGGUGAUCGCGGAGGCCACGUCGUCGACCGCGCUGAUCAAGUUUAACUUUCAGAGGAAUAUUCCGGGCAUCAGAAUGUUCCAGAUUCAGUACAAUGGCAGCCAGGACGACUCGCUGGUUUACAGAAUGAUCCCGCCCACCAGCAAGAACUUCCUGGUCAACAACCUGGCGGCGGGAACGCAGUACGACCUUUGCGUGCUGGCCAUCUACGACGACGCCAUCACCUCGCUGACGGCGACGCGCGUGGUCGGCUGUGUGCAGUUCUCCACCGAGUCCGAGUACAUGAGGUGUCACUUCAUGCAGUCCCAGUUCCUCGGUGGCACCAUGAUCAUCAUCAUCGGAGGGAUAAUAGUGGCCUCGGUGCUCGUGUUCAUCAUCAUACUGAUGAUACGAUACAAGGUGUGUAACCAAGGUGAGGGUGGAAAAGGGGUUUCCAUGGCGAUGACCAACGUCCACUCGCAGACCAAUGGACAGCAGCAGUCGCAGGGAUGCACUGUGACUCCGAGUGCGUCAAAACACGGUGUGCUCGGAUUGGACGACCUCUCAGGGGGCGGGAAGAAGAGGGGCGGAGAAGGUGGAGGGGGGAGGCAGGACACCAUGACCAACUCCUCCGAUAUUUCGCUGCCUGAUUGCUCCACGGCGACGUCAGUCCUCAGCAAGCCCUGGGCGGCGAGCGGCCCGACCGCAGGCUUCGAAGCCGCCAUCGGGGAUAGGGAAAAAGUGGCAGGGGAGAGAGGGUCGCGAGAGAGAGGCUCAGCGGUAGGAGAAAGAGCUCUUUCAUCAGCAGGUGGCGAGCGGUCGGUCAGCGCCGCGUCGUCGGCCGCCACCGGCUCACUGGGCAAGCCCAAGAGAAAACCCACUCCCAUUAAGCCCGGCCCCGCAGGUGCCAAUGCCUCCUCUUCCUCUUCAGCCACAGCCACCCCGGACAGCACCAUCUCCCCCUUGCCUCGCUCGCCCUCUGCCGCCUCCUCUGCGCACAUGUCCUCCAUCGUUCCCCUGGAACACCUCAACACCAACCGCAACAACUCCACCUCGCUCAACCAGCCGCCACCUCCCUUCCCUCCCCCGUUCUCCAGCCACACGCCCUCUCCGAGCCCCCACCCCUCACUGCGGUUUAAAGACACCCCCAUCCUGCGUCGUGCUCCCCGCGUCACCGCCAAGUACCAGACUCUCCCCACGGAGGAGGGAGGGAGGGGCAAGGCCAGGAGGUACUCGCUUAGCGAGGAAGGCUCAAAGACUCCUUGCCCCUCCCAACAGGGCGGAGGGCCGCCCAAAUUAGGACGCAUGAUGCGGAACAAACGGAGCCAAUCCAUGAGUGGUAUGCUAAUCCCUAAGGAGGAAGGGGAGGAGUGUAACAAAGGGCGGUGCGGGUCUGACUGGAUCCUGGAGAGCACCGUCUGA